AUGCCUCCUCGACGCUCCCACAAGAAGUCCCGCGCCGGGUGCCGCAGGUGCAAGAACAGGAAGAUCAAGUGCGAUGAAGUCCACCCGAGAUGUGGCAACUGUUCCAAGCACGGAGUCCUCUGCGACUUCGGUAACCCGGACGUGCUCGAUGAGCUCGUCACCUCAACCACCAGCUCCGAGAGCGUUGGAGUGUCGACUCCGACGCCUCCCUCCGCCUCCUCAAGCACCCCAAAGACUCCAUCGACACGCUCUUCCUCAAUCACGGCGACAUGCCCGAACCCCAUCCCGACGUCUCCCCCAAUUUACGCACAACCCUCGCUGGCCGUGGCCGCAUCGCUCUCCGGCCAAAUCGACAGGAUGAUGGAGUUGCGCCUGAUGCAUCAGUACACCACUGUCACUUCAAAGACCCUCUUGACAAACUCACCCGUUGCCGACGAUAUCUGGCAGCACGCCGUGCCUCAGAUGGCCUUCUCGGGCAAGGCGGGCUAUCCUUACCUGGCAGAUGCGAUUCUUUCUGUUGCCGCACUCCAUCUCCGCUCUCUUACUCCGGAUGACAAGGCGUUGGUUCGCGCGUCACAUGCUUACUCUGCUUCCACCCUUGCGUCGUAUUGCGCCUCACUCAACUCUGGAAUCACCCCUGAAAACGCCGAAGCCCUGUUCCUGACGGCGGCGUUGAUCGCCUUCCAGUCCGCCGCUUCCCGCAUCUUCAUCAAGGAUGACGUUGACCCCAACGACCCAAACAGUCGAUAUGCUCUGCCGCUCCCCUGGUUCCACGCCUUCCAAGGUGUCAAGACUGUGGUGGCAACUUCUUGGCAAUGGAUCCGCAGUAGCAACGCUGUCAAGGCUGUGAUUGAUUCUCAGCCUAGUUUCCAGCUCGAUCUCAACCCUCGAUCUUCAGAUUCCUUCUUUGGCCAUCUCCUCGAGGGCCUAGAGGAAGAACUCAUGGCGGAAGAACCCCACCAGUUCAACCCCACCGGUCAGGCUUACGCCCAUUCCGUCUGUGUCAUCAACUGGGCACAUAAAAAUUACUACCCCGCUGCCUCCCUCGCUUUCCCCGCUACUGUCUCGAGACGGUUUGUUGACCUCGUGGAGGAGAAGCGACCUCGUGCCCUUGCCAUUCUCGCCUGCUUCUUUGCCCUCCUGAAGCGAAUGGAUAACGUAUGGUGGCUUCAAGAUGUAGCUCGCCGAGAGGUGAUGGGACUGGUGGGCAUGUUUGAGCCAGGUUCUAAGUGGUGGAGGCAUCUUGAAUGGCCCGUCCGAAUCGCCCUGUGGGAUGGCAAUACAAUCCCACAAGACGUAUGGGGCGCGCAUUGGGCUACGGAGGCACCUGAGCAAGUCGGCGUUGUGUCGUCCAUGAUGCACCACAUUGAACUCAUGGCCGAGAUGUUGAACCAAUCUCAGGGAUUGCCCACAAUGCCGCAGAUGCCAGAUGAGUACAUCGACGCAGCGUCACCAGAUUGA